AUUCCAUCAAAUCCGCCGCAAACUACUCCGAAAUUUCAAACUCCUGUCGCCGGCCAAAAUGGUAGCAGCUAUUCUCCCUCAGUUCCCACACAUAAAGUUACCGUUCUCGACCGCCAACGUGGCGUGGUCCACGAAUUCCUCGACCAAUAUAUAUUGCAUACAACAGAGGCUCAGAACAUUGCCCUCCCAUUCGCUUGCAGGCAUGGAUGUUGUACGAGCUGUGCUGUUCGUGUACAAUCAGGGCAACUUAGACAACCCGAGGCACUGGGGAUUUCUGCAGAGCUGAAGUCUAAGGGUUAUGCACUUCUUUGUGUGGGACUUCCGUCAUCUGACCUUCAAGUUGAAAUAUAUGGCUGCAUACUAGAUUCAUACCUUUGUUAGGAAUCAACAGUUGAAGACCCUCUCUGGAUACUUACUGACGAUGUCCCAAUUUCUUCUUAUGUUUUUCUGUCUUUUCAACUUCAUGCCCUUAAGCAAUUGAAACUCAAGUUGCUCAGACAUGGAUGCGGAUCUAGA